UUUACCUGACAAACAAACUAUGAAGUAUUUAUUCAUUGAAACUAGAUAAAUAUAUAUAAAUAAUAUGUACACGAAUGAUUAUGGUCGUGCAAUAUAUACAUGGGACAAAAUCGUAAAACAAGAAAGAUAAGAAUCCAUCUAGACUCUUGAUCAAAAGCAAUCGAAUGUUCAUGAUACACCCAGAGAUAUACUAUAAAUACAUAUCAACACUUACCUUAAGUCUCUGUCCCUGGUUCUAGUUAAAUCUUGCCCUAACGAAAAAUGUCGUCCCGUGGCCGAGAAGUGGAAGUGACCAUCUCAUCAGCAAAGAAUAUCAAGAACGUGAACUGGCGCAACGGUCCAAACAAGCCAUACGCCGUCGUAUGGAUCGAUCCAAAGUACAAAUUCUCCACCAGAGUCGACGAAGAGGACGACACGUGUCCCUCGUGGAACCAGACAUUUGUCAUCCCUUUGCCUCCGGGCAACGACGACUACGACGAUGACAAAGUCUUCAUCGACGUGGUGCACGCGGGAGGCGAAGAGAACACAAAGCCCCUCAUCGGCUCCGCUCAUCUCAGCCUCCGUGAUGUCAUCGACGACGUCGGCUUCGGCGUCCCCGUGGAGAAAACCCUCAAACUCAAACGCCCCUCCGGCAGACCCCACGGCAAACUCGACGUCACCGUCACCGUCAGAGAGCCUCGGUAUCAACCGUCUCCGGGUUCUUACCACGCGCCGCCAUACGGUUAUACUCACGCGCCACCGCAACCUGUUUAUGGUGAACCAUACACUCACGCGCCGCCGCAACCUGUUUACGAUUACCCUUACGCGCCACCGCAGCCGUACGGAACCGCUUCGUACGGACAGUCAGGUUAUACGGCGGAGAAGGAGAAAGGGAGCAAGUUUGGUGGGAUGGGGACGGGGCUGGCGGUUGGGGCAGUUGCCGGAGUUCUUGGUGGGGUGGCGUUAGCGGAGGGAUUGGAUGAGGUGGAGGACGACAUCGCUGAAGAAGCAGCGGAGGAUGUGGAGGAUGAUGAUGCCGGAGAGAAUGACGAGGACUUUUAAUCCUGCUGUUUAAUCAUAUUCAAUAAUUAUAUAUGCCGACAAGUCCUCAUUGAUUGUCGACAUCUAUCAGUUUGUCAAAGCUGUUAUAAUCCGUCUGUAAAAUAAGGGAAAAAAAAAACAAUGAAAGAGAUUGUGCUUUACCAGAUGUAAUGAAAAAUUAUACCAUUUGAAUAUUAAUUUAUACCAUUUGAAUAUAAAUUAUAAACUUAUAAA